CAGAGAUGGAACCAAGGAGGUUAGAGGGGAAAUGGGAGAAUGAAGAGCCGGACACUGAGGAGCCUCUGCCCACAAUAAAGAGGGAAAUGGAUCCCGUUCCUGGGGCCGAUUUCCCUGAAGAGGAGCUGGAAAUAUUAGAGAUACAAAUCAAGGAAGAGGAACCUGACUCUGACCCUCUGACUCCAGAAGAAACCGAUUGCAGUUUGAGUGACGGAGAAAGCUGGGCCGAUACAGCCGGGGAGCCAAUACGCAGCCUCGGACUGUCGAGCGCAAGAUACAAAGAUUUCUCGCCCAACCGUAAAUCAUCGGGGUUUAUCUGCGAUACAUGUGGGAAAUGCCUAUCGGGGAACAGCCAUUUACUCACCCACCACUGUGUCCCAUCCGGGCCCAACUGCGUGGGGGAGAAACCAUACACCUGCGCGGAGUGCGGGAAACGCUUCUCCCAUAAGAGCGGUCUUCACAGCCACAGCCGAAUUCACACGGGAGAGAAACCAUUUACCUGCACACAAUGUGGGAAGCGUUUCUCUCAGAAGAGCAGCCUCCUCGUUCACGAGAGGAUUCACGCCGGGGUAAAACCCUUUGCCUGCACUGAAUGCGGGAGCUCGUUUUACGAUCAGAGCACCCUCCGCACACACCGGAAUAUCCACAAAGCGGAGAAACCAUUCACCUGCACGGAAUGUGGGGCGAGUUUUACUCACAAGAGCAGCCUUCACAGUCACAGCCGAAUUCACACGGGGGAGAAACCCUUCACUUGUGCCGAAUGUGGGAGAGGUUUCUCGCGGAAGACCAGCCUCCAGGUUCACAACCGGGUUCACACGGGGGAAAAUCCAUAUUGGUGUAAAGAAUGCGGCCAAGGGUUCUCUCACAAGAGCAGCCUCCUCAGCCACCAAACCAUUCACACCGGGGAAAACCCAUUCAUGUGCACAGAAUGCGGGAAAAGUUUCUCCCAGAUCGGCAGCCUUCACAUCCACCAGACGGUUCAUACAGGCUUAAAGCCUUUCACUUGCACGGAAUGUGGGAAAAGCUUCCAACUUAAAGACGCCCUUCACAGGCACCAGAGGAUUCACACGGGGGCAAAACCAUUCACCUGCACGGAAUGUGGGAAAAGCUUCUGUCAAAGUAGCAGCCUUCGUGUCCACGAGAAAACUCACACAGGGGAGAAACCAUUUGUAUGUACUGAGUGCAAUAAAAGGUUCAGCCACAAGCACAACCUCCGCCAGCACCAGAGAAUCCACACCGGGGAGAAACCAUUCAGCUGCACCGAAUGUGGCAAAAGCUUCACUCAAAAAAUCAGCCUUCAGGUCCACAAAAAAAUUCACAUACACUAGAAACUGCCUCCUUUCCCAGGCUGUGCAGGGGGGCGGCGGCACUGUAGGAUA